AUGCUGAAGCAGAGCGAGAGGCGGCGGUCGUGGGGCUACAGGCCCUGGAAUACUACAGACAGCGGGGACGCGCCCCAGGCCGGGAGCACCCAGCACCGCAGGAGCGUCUGCUCGGUGGGCGCCCGCUCCGGCUCCCUGGCCAGCAUCCCGCCGUGGACCGAGGGCAACUAUAACUACUACAUCGAGGAGGACGACGACGGGGGGGAGGAGGACGAGCUCAAGGACGACCCAGGCGAGGAGGACGGGCGGCCGGAGGCCGCCCCUGGCGCGCAGCCCGACAGCCGCGCCGCCCCGCCCGCCGCGUCGUCCACCCUGAACGUGAACGUGGGCGGCCAGAGCUACCGGCUGGACUGCUGCGAGCUGGCCUGCUACCCCAAGACGCGCCUGGGCCGCCUGGCCACGUCCACCAGCCGCAGCCGCCAGCUCGGCCUGUGCGACGACUACGAGGAGCAGACGGACGAGUACUUCUUCGACCGCGACCCGGCCGUCUUCCAGCUCGUCUACAACUUCUACGCGUCGGGCGUGCUGCUGGUGCGCGACGAGCUGUGCCCGCGCUGCUUCCUGGAGGAGCUGGGCUACUGGGGCGUGCGGCUCAAGUACACGCCGCGCUGCUGCCGCAUCUGCUUCGAGGAGCGGCGCGACGAGCUCAGCGACCAGCUCAAGAUCCAGCGCGAGCUGCGCGCGCAGGCGCAGGCCGAGGAGGCCGAGGAGCUCUUCCGCGACAUGCGCUUCUACGGGCCGCAGCGCCGCCGCCUCUGGAACCUCCUGGAGAAGCCCUUCUCGUCCGUGGCCGCCAAGGCCAUCGGCGUGGCCUCCAGCCUCUUCGUGCUCGUGUCCGUCGUGGCGCUGGCGCUCAACACGGUGGAGGAGAUGCAGCACCGGGCGGCGCAGGGCGCGGGCGGCGGCGACCCGCGGCCCAUCCUGGAGCACGUGGAGAUGCUGUGCAUCGCCUUCUUCACGCUCGAGUUCCUGCUGCGCCUCGCCUCCACGCCCGACCUGCGGCGCUUCGCGCGCAGCGCCCUCAACCUGGUGGACCUGGUGGCCAUCCUGCCGCUCUACCUGCAGCUGCUGCUCGAGUGCCUCACGGGCGAGGACCAGGCGCGCAGCAAGGGCGCGCCGCGGGAGCACGAGCUGGAGACGGUGGGCCGCGUGGGCAAGGUGGGCCAGGUGCUGCGCGUCAUGCGCCUGAUGCGCGUCCUGCGCAUCCUCAAGCUGGCCCGCCACUCCACGGGCCUGCGCGCCUUCGGCUUCACGCUGCGCCAGUGCUACCAGCAGGUGGGCUGCCUCAUGCUUUUCAUCACCAUGGGCAUCUUCACCUUCUCGGCGGCUGUCUACUCCGUGGAGCACGACGUGCCCAACACCAACUUCACCAGCAUCCCGCACGCCUGGUGGUGGGCCGCGGUGAGCAUCUCCACUGUGGGCUAUGGAGACAUGUACCCAGAGACCAUCCUGGGCAGGUUUUUUGCCUUCCUCUGCAUUGCAUUUGGGAUUAUCCUCAAUGGGAUGCCAAUUUCCAUCCUCUACAACAAAUUCUCUGAUUACUACAGUAAGCUCAAAGCCUAUGAGUACACUGCCAUGAGAAGGGAAAGGGGAAAAGUAGAGUUCCUGCAGAGAGCCAAAAAGAAGAUGGCAGAGUGUCUGGCUCGAACCCACCCGCAGCCCACCCCAAGGCAAGAGAGUUGA